CGUACAGUCAUGAGAUAAUUCAAUGCAGUUUUUGCACAUUGUGCUGUUCAUUUUGGUGUAAUACAAACACAAAUAUACAAUACGGUGUAUGCACACAGUCGAGAGUUGCUGCGUAAUGCAGUAUGCUAAUCAUUUGUCGCGGGGGAUAAAGAAUAUAUGCCUGUGAGUAUUGUUUCAGCAUGUCUCCUUUGGUUGCUCCACAAUUUGUGUUCAAAUAUCCGUUCACCCCAGUGCUAUUCCCAUUCCAUAAUGCAAAUGCGAAUGCCGUUUAUGCUAACUUAAGUGUUAAGUCUCUUUGUGUCAGUGUCAGCGAUGAGAACCUCCCGAGCACAUGUUGCCAGCCUGAAGAAUCCCCGGUGAGUUUGGAGGCUGAAUGUUUACGGCUAGCUUGCGGCGUGGCCUCGGCGCUCGCGUCACUCUGCAUUUGUAUUGCGUCCUCUGCGGAGAAGCCAUCGAUCGCCGAAGAUCGUCUCCCUUGUGGCAUUCCCAGCGGAGAACACCGCACGGCUUUAUCGCCUCGUCUUCCAGGCCGACACUCGAGUCUCUUUAGAUCCUCAGCAGAAUUUGUUAGCGGAGCAUUUCUGGUAUCGCCGGUGACGAUUGGCUUUUUCUGCACUUCUUUGUUGUUGAAUGUGAGCAAAACUGGAAAUGUUUGACUUGUCCCAAGCCAUCACGUCCACUUUCAUCGGGUACAUUCCGCUGAUUAAAAGUGGGAAAAAAAAACGAGCUUACGGGUUUUGUCACCCGACGUGACGGAUUGUUGUUUUGGCGCCGCGUCUGCGCCGUUUGCUUGGAUGGUUACACUUGAACGGCGGACGACUCUCGCAACUGUCAAGGCGCCGUCACUUCCCAAGGACUGCGGCACGUCCCAGAAGGUUUUCGGAACUCCUGCAGCAACGGGUUCAUGUUUUCCUUUCAGGUGGCCGAAGAUGAACUUGACGUUGUUGAAAUGAUUUGAAUUCAUGGCCGCUGUGUAAAGGUUGAAAUGCAGAGGUGGUCUUCACCUGAUCUGCUCGUGGCUUCCAUCGACGCUCCCUUUGGGGAUGGUUGUGGUUUUUGGCUAAAUAUCACAGCUCGCAAUCCCGAGGACUGAGAAUGCUUCUCAGGUGAUCUGACCACUAAGAUGAUGCUCAAUGUAGUACGACUAUGAAUUUAGAAUUGACCCAUUCACUCCCCCUGCAUCUUUAUGUUUAAAAGUGCUUAUGCAUAAUUGAGCAAGCGAUGCUGUGGAAACCAAACGAAUCAUCGGACAGGAUCAACUACAAAACCCUGCAGACUGAAAGAAUGCCAGAUACAAAAUUCUCACGACGGUUUUCCGCAUUGCAAGUUCUAUUUUACAAAUGACCUCUUUUUUUUUUUUUUUAGUAACGCCCUUAAUGGCGUAAAUGAUGUGAUAAUAUGAAAUUACAGAGCAUUUUUCCAUCCGCCCGACUGUGAAACCCCAUCACAUUUUUUUAGGAAGUUUUACUUUGGCUCCAUAGCAGACGAUAAUGGGAAAUAAUGCAAUAAGCUCGCAGCGGAGAGGUUGUAGUUCCCCACGAACGAAAAGGUCAAAACGCAUUUCGGGUGACGCGUCAAUUUUACUGCCGGCUCUUCUAAAUGCUGUUUAAAAAAAAAAAAAAAAAAAAAUCAUCUUUGUAUAGCAAAAAAUCGAGCAAAAGCACCUUCUCGCGAGUCGCACCAACAUUAUUUCCUGCCAAACGUUUUCCGAAAGUGCGAGCAAUGCAAAAGAAAGAGAAGUGUGAUGUCAGCAUUGCGCGCAGAAAACAUUUUUGAUGUGAAUCUUAAUGAGAGUGGCCACUGCGCCUGACUGCCGGCGCCGUCCCCACGCGCCAAAACAGCUCAAUUAAACACACUCCAACGUAAACGCGGAGAAGCCGACGAAGGUCCCCCCGCGGAGUCGCAUCAGAAAGUCGCCGAUUGAAUAUUUCAAGACGUGCCCCAGUAAUGAGCGGCCUACUUCCACGGCUGAGCCUGCGGUCGCCUUUUGUUCGACGCUGGGAGAAAAUCGUCUGCGACCCUUUUGCAGUGUCUUACGUUUCUGCAGAAAUUGCUCGUCAAAUGGACUUGAUCCAAAUCAGGCGCUGACCCGGGAGUGGAUUUUGACUCCGGCAAGAGAGAUUCAUCCCGCUCUCCCCCCACCCCGACCGAGUGAGGGUAAAAAGUACAAAUCUUGCUCCCUCCUACUCCGACGGCGAUUGCGUCACGACCCAUCGGAACGAGAGUAGGGCCCAAAUGCAGGACUCGGAAGACGCAAGGUAGUUGAAGAAGAGACACGUUUAUUGUACGCAGGGGUCGGGGAUCGAGCAGGCAGUCCGGUGCAGCAGCGGUAGUUGGGACGUCGGGCGAAGAGAGCAGGUGAGCGGGCAGGCAGGAGUCGGUGCACGGGAGAACAAUCAGCGCGGGCAGAAGUAUCAAAAGGAGUCCGGCUUACAAGGUUGGUCGGAGAACGGGCGAAGGUCCAAUCAGGGAUACCGGAGCACACGAACGGGACAUGAAGAUCAACGAACUGGCGCCGGCCAGUUGUCAUCGCGGUCAUAUAAAUCCACAGCCUAAUCAGGCUGCAUGUGGCGCGGGUGUGCACCUCCCAAUCAGCGCACCUGGGCGGCUCGUGCUGGAGCGGCCGGAUCAUGACAGAUUGAUCCUGUUCCCUCUUGUGAAAUGUACAAAUCGCACGAACGUCACCCCUCCCCCUCCUUCCACUCAUUCCAUCCGUCGUCCCCAAUCCGGAUUUUCCAGAAAUUCCCUCCCAUCCCACCGGAGUCCUGCCAAAAAUGUUAGCCUCUAACCUGUGUGCUUAAACUAAUGCCACACAAACAAUUACUGCAUAUAUCUCACUGGUGGUGUAGUGGGACUCACACCUCCCUUUGGUGCGGGCAGCGUGGGAUCGAUUCCCGCUCAUCGACGGUGUCGAUAUCUGCCUUGUGACUGACUGGCGAGCGGUUCAGGGUGUAUUUGGCCUUUCGCCCGAAGCUAUCUGGGAUAGGCUCCGCCUUUCCCGCAACCCUUCUGAGGAUAAGCGGCUUGGAUAAUGACAUGACACUCGAAAUAAGGUCAAUAUUAGGGAAAAGUAAGUGAACCCCCGGGUUUUCUGAAGUGGCUCACCCUUGACCUGAAGGGGUUGAGGUCAGGACUUUGACUGGAAUACGGAUCCGUUUCAAGACGCACUCGUUGAUGCGGUGUUAAUUUAAGCAGGCCGUUUAUUCUUGCGAUUUAGAAUAAAAUUGGAUUGAACGAAAUGAUAAAGGGUUCACAUACUUUCUUUCACCUUCCACUGUACUGCGCUGUACUGUUUCGCUGUCCGUGGUGCUAAAAAUCGUUCGCGCUUAGCCGAUGAACAAAAGCGACGACCGCAAAUUUGCGUUUGGUCGUCCGCAACAGGCCGGCUGCCAUUUAUCCGGUCGGCGCGACCCGCACUGCUGCGGAGAAUGAGAGGCUGUUAAAAAGAAAUUCAUUGUCUACAUUUCUCUUUUAUUUGAUAAACAAAACUCAAGGAGCUCAACACACGCACACACCAAAUCAAGAUGUAUUCAUAGAAAGCGGCAAUUCCUCAAUUGGCCUGCACGUUUCACAACGCAACGCUCUCUUCAUAAAACUGUAUGAAAUGCUGUAUGCUACAGUUCCGCGGUUAAUGAGAACGCAUGACCUUUGACCUGAAUGACAAACCCAUUUUUCAAAAAAUGCACAUAAUGGGAUUCGUCAAGGAGAGCGAUACCUCGACUUACAAGUGACCCGACUUGCAAGUUUUUUGUUUUGUUUGUUUUUUUGCGACGAGCCACAGUUGGAACCAGCUGUAAAAUGAAAACACUUGCAAGGGGCAAACGCUCGCACGGAAUUAAUCGCAUGCUAAACGGUAAAAGUAAGAUCGAUACAAUAAUAAUAAUAAUAAUAAUGGAUUCAAUGAUUUAUCUCCAACUAUUUUGAGGCUUUGAUGCCUGCUGUUCAUGUGUUUGCCAAAUCUGACACCCAUCACACGUCUACAAAGCUCGCCAACUUCUUGAUGUCUGCCCGCACGAAUCCAUCGAAUGAAUCAAAUCAAAGCCACAAAAAAAGUCUUUGGACCAGCAGUCUGCCCGUGCGUGCGCCGCAAGUUUGAUUUUCGUUUGGAGGCACAAAUUGAGAGCCAGUUUGUGGCGCCACAAAUCCACAAACUGGGACGCGCCGUGUCAUGCUAGCAAUGCAGCGGGCGUGAUGUCGCAUCGUUUACGUUGGACGCUACGUAGUUUAGUAUAAUACGCGCUGCGAGGGGCGUGGCCUUGGUCAGAGAGCGUCCAACGGCUGGGCAUUGAGUCAGUGUAGGCGCCACAUUAAAAAAAAAAACACACACACACACACACACACAGUCGCUCAUACAAAUUCAAUAUGAGAAAAGUCGUCAUUGGGUAAAAUUGACCACCCGGCUUUGUAAAAGUUGAGUGGGCAUCCUGGGCAUUUUUCGACAUGUGACGGGCCGGCGACGGCGUCUUUCCACUCAACCGGAUCAUGUCACGUCCCUCGAACGGCAGUUGAACUUUGGUCCGCCUGCGCUCUGAAAAACGGUUUUUCUAAGUGGAGAACAAAUUGUGGCGCCGGCAAAUGGGAGGCUCGGUCCGAGAACUUUCAGGUCACGCGCGUGGGACAUACGGACUUGGACAGGAAGUAACGACACCACAUUAAUGAUCAACGCAGUUUUCUCAAUUUCCUUUUUUUUUUUUUUUAAUUCUUUUUUUAUCCUUAUCUCAUCGUUACUGGCUGAAAUCAAUCUUUUUGGAUUUUGAUUCAAAAAGGAAAUGGCCGGACUCCGGAAAUGUCACGUGCAAGGUAGAGGGGGGCGUGGCCUAUGACGCAUGUCACCGGUCACAGCUGUUUCACGUGAGGCACUGUGAUUAGAACAAGUAUUGACGUUGGAGUUUUGGCAUUGGGUAUGCUUUACCACAUCCGGGGUUCCUCCGCCACUGCGCCGUUAGAGUCCAGUCCCCGUCUUGUUGCGCUCUUUAGUCCUCUCAUAGUUAUCGGCCAUUGUUUCUUGUUUUUUGGAUCCUGCCCUUUUGGACUGUGUUUAUAAUAAAACCCGCUGAACAUCAUGCCUUUGUCUGGGAGUCCUGCAUUUGGAUCCGCCCCCGCACCAAGAAAUGUCCGGCAGGGCACGGCUAAUUUGGGGAGGGGGGGGGGGCACAGGGAGAAAUUUAGGGGUCGUGGCCCGCCUGUCAUGCCGACACCGCUUGGGUGGCAUUAACAAAAUGAAAACUGCAAAUUUCCCCGUUGAUAUUCAAAAUCUUUGGUGAUAAAUAUGAGUAUAUUGAGAAUGGACAGCUUUAUGGUUAUGCAAUAUAAUUAUAAUGGUUUUCCCAAAGCAGGACAAAGUGGCCUUAAUCACAUUCUCGCCUUUUGUCCAAAUCUUCCCCACCUAAUGAGAUAUUCCGUGUUGAUGCCAUUUGGUACGCCCCCCCCUGAGUGAGUCGAAUUAGGCAGAGGGAGAGAGAAAGAGAGAGAGGAGGGGGCGGUCGAGCGACGGGAGGAGGAGAGGAAAACCUCCAGCAAGCGCGCUCUCCUUGCAGCCUGCAGUGUGUCACUCAGUCACGGACAGAACAGAGCAGAACUUGGACUUAUAUCGAACCGGGCUUCGGAUUGUGACGCCGCCGACCGAACGGAGAAGAUGUUCUUGUCUCUGCUCCCCGUCGCGGUUCUGCUGCUGCUGCUGCUGAGCGCGCAGUCCGCGAUGUCUGGCGGCGGCCGCGACAGGCGGCUGGCGACCCAGGCCCAGCACUCCAAGGACAGAUCCUGGAACCGAUACAGAGACGACGACUACUUCAAAAGUUGGGCUCCUGCCAGCUCUCUCGACCAAGAGCGGGAGGCGAAGCCCGGACGUGACGGACACCCGGGGACCAAAACCCACACCGGAUCUGCCAAGAAGAUGCUACAGGAUGGUCCCGACGCCAGCAAGGAGCCGUGCCUGAAAGUGCGCUGCCCCCUUCGCCAGGUGUGCGCCAGCCGCGACCGCCAAACCGCCAUCUGCACCAAUCGCGAGCAGCCGACUCACAGCGUGAAGGCCCGCAAAGGCAGCCUGGUCCACAAGCGCAGGCUCGAAGGGGGCACCCACGGGAACUGCAAACUGUGUUCGGCGCUCCCGUCAAACCCGGUGUGCGGCUCCGAUGGACACACGUACUCGUCGCAGUGCAAGCUGGAGUUCCAGAGCUGCCUGACGGGAAAAGUCGUCUCGGCGAAAUGCGACGGGCAGUGCCCGUGCCUGCCCGGCAAAACCCCGUGGAGACGCGCCAAGACCGUGUGCACGGACACGCAGCUCCACAGUCUGGCCGCCCGACUCAAGGACUGGUUUGGAGUUCUCCAUCUGGAUGCCAACAGAGACCUCAAAACCGCCGCCGGCUCCGAGUCAGCGGCCGGACACUUUGACACGAGCAUCUUGCCCAUUUGCAAAGACUCUUUGGGAUGGAUGUUCAACAAACUGGACGUGAACUUUGACCUGCUGCUGGACGAGUCGGAGCUGAGCGCCAUCUACGUGGACAAGUACGAGGUGUGCAUGAAGCCCCUCUUCAACUCGUGUGACUCCUUCAAGGACGGCAAACUCUCCAACAACGAGUGGUGCUACUGCUUCCAGAAGCCGGACGGGUCGCCGUGCCGAGCCGAGAAGAGCAGGAUGCAGAAUCCCGGUCGGAGGAAGAGCCUCGUAGGUUCCUUCGUCCCUCGCUGUACCGAAGAGGGCUACUUUAAAGCGACGCAGUGUCACGGCAGCGCCGGACAGUGCUGGUGCGUGGACAAGUACGGCAACGAGAUCGCCGGCUCCAGAAAGCAAGGCAACCCCAACUGCGACGAGGACCAGGAAACAUCAGGAGAUUUUGGCAGCGGCGGCGGCGCGGUCAUUCUCCUGGACGACCAAGAGGAGGAAGCCUCGCAGGGCCGGCAGAAGAAGAGACGGGGCCGGGUCCACCCCCGGGAGAUCGCCGAAGACGACGACGACGAGGAAGACGACAAGGAUGACGAGAUGGGCUACGUUUGGUAACUCCGCCCCCUUCGGUUCUGACGCUGUCACGGGCCGACUGGGGAAAGUCCAGCACAGAUUUGAAGCCAUUCCAGCGUCUCUUCCGAGCGGCCGUGACAGCUCCCCAUCUUUUAAUCGAACUUGCUCCCGUAAACGCCGUCCCUCAUCCGAAUCCGGUGGACCUCACGCUUUCUUCUCCAAACGUUUCCCUUAACACGGACAGGUAACGAACGGAAAGCUGUUUUUACGUUUUAGCGAUCCCUCGGCUCCGCCUCGAGGCCCCUUGAGUUCUCCUUCCGCCUGCAAUGUACAAUUACUAACGUCGCCAAACGUGGACUAACAUUUGUGUUUCAUCAGAGUGGCCUCUCUCUCUUCGCCCGGUCCGAUUGCCCCAAAUAGAAAAGUCAGUGCAUUGGAUGUAAAUAUGGACAGUGAAUAUGAAAUACUAUCCACAUUGUAGAUUACUACAUUAUUCUUUCAUACUGUCCGUGUUCAACAAUGUUCCUCGCGAAUCCACGCAACUCGAGAUCUCUCUCUCUCUCUCUCUUCUCUCUCUCUCUCUCUCUCUCUCUCUCUCAUGGAUGGAGCAAACUAAAUUAUUUAACUGUUGAUCUUGAAUGUCCCAGAAAGACCAGCUAGCAAUGAGAUUUAAUGAUGUGUCGUCGUCGUCGUCGUCGUCGUUGCAUGUUGCUCAUCGUGUUCCUGUAAAAGAGAGAUUUACCUGGCUCGGGUCAAGCGCUAUGCAUCUCAAAAACAGAACGUGACGCUGAUUUGGCUGCUGCAAAUACUAUGUUGCUGUGUUGAUGUCUUUUCGGUUAUUCUCCCAAUCUCAGGAGGUAGGAGGUCGCGUCGAAGUGACGCGAGCGCGAGUGUCCCGACGGCUCUUUGUUUUAUGACCGAUUUGAUUGGUGAGCUCGGGCUCGAGAGACGGCGCGCGGACACUAGACAAGGUGCUGCCCCUGAGCUGGGAGGAACGACGAAGUCGUGGGAGCGACGCGGAGGCGGCGUUCUGCCCCCCAACGCCGUGUCGACCGAGUGAACUUUUUCGUUGUUAAUUUAACAAUUGAAGUAAAGUUGCACUUUGGGUGUCU